UCUGUCCCUGUAAGUCCCCACUCCUCUGCAACAGUCUCAGAGCCCCUGAGAAGCAGGGCCUGAGUUGGCCCAACUUUCCAAGGCAACUACUUAGUGGUUAAUAAUUAAUUAGCAAGCGUGACUAAUUAAUGGCUUCCCCUCCCACAUUACUUCCUCCUUUGUCCAAAGCAGACACACUCAGUGUGCUAGCUGAGACCACCUUGCUUCCUAGCUCUGGCUGCAUCCUGCCCUUAGCUUCUGGGGAAGGUGGGAGGAUGGCUAGGGCGAGUGGGAAGGGGUGGGGGUGAGCUGCCUGCUCCUCUGUCCUGUUCUUAUCUCUACGAGGGAUAGAGUUUGGGACAGAUGGACAGUGCAGAGCUAAUAGUCAUCCUAAGUACCCUGCUGGGUGGGGUCCCAGAAUAUAUGGCCAGUCUUUCAGAACUUUGGCCUGUUUGCAAAGGCCUCCCAUAAACUUAAAAAAAAUAAUUCUCUCAUGCAUUCUCUAGACUUCCUUGAAUAAUUGAAAUUCCAAAGUGCAAGGUACAUGCUGCUUUUAGGGCUUUGUGUUUGAUUGUUGCUGCCUGUGGCUGCGGUGUUGUUUAUGUAGGUCUAUAAAAGUUCUUGAUCGUCCUGCUCUUAUCAUUUUGAUGGGUGGAGACGUAUCACAGGGACCUGGUUGACAGCAGUCCCCUCUCCCUGUUGGCCUCGCUUUGUUACCAGCUUUCUGGCUGAGUUUUCUGUCCUGUUGGCUGCCUGCGGAGGGGUGGAGCUCACCUCCCCCACCCUGCGGCCCCGCGCUCUGAGGAGGCAGGAUAGGCUCCAGACAGAAACUCGGAAGGACUUUUGGACUCUUGCUCAAUGGGCUGACUCAGUGAGGAGGUGGCUGGGCUCUCUUUCCAGACCGGACCGCCUGCACGGGCUCCGCCUACCCCUCCCACCCCUGCUGCAGCCAGCAGCUGUCAGGCCGUGGCCAGCUGGGACCCCAACCAGGGGUGUGGGUUGGUGAGGAGGGAGAGGGGGCGGACACAGGUGUUAUCUGAGUGACUGCUCCCUAGCUGAGCCGACACAAUGGGAUGGCACCUGUACCACCCAAGUGUUCUCCACCCCAAAGCAGGCAGAGGAGCAGCUGGGGAAACUCCAGGCUACCUACACAUCCUGGCCCAGGCUGGUCACGGUAUCCCCCCUCCCUGCUCUGUGCCUUCUCCUUCCAGAAAUCCACCAUGGAGAGUAAGGAUGAGGUCAGUGACACCGACAGCGGCAUCAUCCUGCAGUCUGGCCCUGACAGCCCAGUCUCCCCAAUGAAGGAGCUGGCCCACGCAGUGCACAAGCAGCAGAGGGCCCUGGAGGCGAGGCUGGAGGCCUGCCUGGAGGAGCUGAGGAGACUCUGCCUGCGGGAGGCGGAGUUGACGGGCACCUUGCCAGUGGAGUAUCCCCUCAAACCAGGGGAAAAGGCCCCCAAGGUUCGCCGCAGGAUCGGAGCAGCUUACAAACUGGAUGACUGGGCCUUGCACAGAGAGGACCCCCUAAGCAGCCUGGAGCGCCAGCUGGCCCUGCAGCUGCAGAUCACAGAGGCAGCCCGUCGGCUGUGCCUGGAGGAGAAUCUCAGCAGGCAGGCUCGGCGGCAGCGGAAGCACUCCAUGCUGCAGGAGGAGAAGAAGUUGCAGGAGCUCCAGCGCUGCCUGGUCGAGCGGAGGCGCAACAGUGAACCACCUCCGGCUGCUGCCCUCCCCCUGGGCCGAGAGCUCAGUGCCUCUGAUGACAGCUCCCUGUCAGAUGGGCUCCUCCUGGAGGAAGAGGAAUCCCAAGUGCCAAAACCUCCUCCAGAGUCCCCAGCCCCACCUUCUCGGCCUCUCCCACCCCAAACCCUUGAGGGUCUGCAGCCAACAGAACCUGAGCCUGGGGGCCCGGAACGGGCUCCAGUCCAGAACAGCCCCUGGAAGGAGACCAGCCUGGACCACCCCUAUGAGAAGCCCAGGAAAUCUUCUGAGCCCUGGAGCGAAUCCAGCAGCCCAGCCACCACGCCACAGGAUGGGCCCAGUGCCUCUAGCCUGUGGCUUCUGGAGCCUGCCUCCUACCACAUGGUUCCCAUCCGUGGUGUUCCUGGCCAGUGGCAGGGCCGCACCAGUGCCCCAGCCACCCCCGAGAUGCAGGGGAGGAGGGGCCAGUCGCAGUCUCUGAGGGUGGAUUCCUUCCGGGCGGGUCCUGAGGGCCGAGGUCGCAGCGCCUUUCCCCGCCGCCGCCCCACUCACUACACGGUGACAGUGCCAGAGUCCUGCUUUCCCGCGACCAAGCCCCCGCUGCCCCACGCCUCCUGCCACUCCUGCUCAGAAGACAGUGGCUCUGACAUCUCCAGCAUCUCCCACCCCACCUCACCCGGCAGCAGCAGCCCUGACAUCUCCUUUCUGCAGCCUCUCUCCCCUCCCAAGACCCAUCGUCACCGCGGGGCCUGGGGCCCAGCCGGCAGCAGAGAGCUGGUCGCCCACCACCCCAAGCUACUGCUGCCACCUGGCUAUUUCCCGGCGGGGCGGUACGUGGUGGUGGCUGAGAGCCCCCUGCCGCCUGGCGAGUGGGAGCUGUGCCGCCCAGCCCCGGGCCCCGCCUACGAGGAGGAGGGCACUCCCCUGCGCUACCAGCGGCUGGUGCCCUCCCGCAGCCGCAUUGUGCGGACGCCCUCCCUGAAGGACAGCCCGGCAGGCCGGGGGCUCAGUAAGGCCGCCGUGUCCGAGGAGCUCAAGUGGUGGCACGAGCGUGCACGCCUCCGGAGCACCCGCCCCCACUCACUGGACCGCCAAGGAGCUUUCCGGGUCAGGAGCCUGCCCCUCGGAAGAGAGGGCUUCGGGCGAGCCCUGGGACCCCGGGCACAGGUGCCCACAGUGUGUGUGCUGCGGAGAUCGCCUGACGGGGCCCCUGUGCAAGUCUUUGUACCUGAGAAAGGAGAGAUCAUCAGCCAGGUGUAACUCUGCGCCCCAUGCUGGAAAAGACUGUUUCAUAGAGGGGCUGGGCUGAGACCCCCCACCCCUGAGUGCCUCUUUCAGCUCCCCCAUCCCCAUCGCAGGCCGAUGACCUGGAGCUGAGACCUUUUAUGGUUUUUUUUACACGACUUUUUUCAGAAGCCCUGACCUAAGGAUUUAUAUAUGUGGAUUGUCCUCAAGACCCCUGUGAUAUGAUGAUGCUUUAUCCCCCAGAGUUUAGCCUACUGGACUUAAGGCCUUGCCUGUCUGACUGACAGCCUCUAUCUCCUUAUGCAAGACAAGUGGCAGGGGAUGAGUGAAGCAGAGUGGGCCACCUUGGGAGUUCUCCAAUGCUCUGUGCUCUGGUUCUAAGAACUUCCCUGGGGAACUGCCCCUGGCCCUCCUGUCCCACUAUUGCUGGAGGCUGGACAUGGUACAUACAUGGUACAUGAGAGUCAUGCACAUGGUUCUCCCCCAUUUCCCAGGUCUCUGAGUACCCCAGCCUGGGAUGGGGGAGAAUCCUUUCCCCUUUUCUAAUGUGCUCUGUGAUGCACACACCAAGUGGUAGGUCAAAGGUCAGUAUAUCCUGGUGGUGUAUUGUCUUGCUAGACUUUCCUAUUUUCCUGACCCCAUAAAUCCUCUUUAGGGACCCAGUCACUAUACCCUGUCUAUGCCCUGUGGGCUCCUAGACCUCUGAGCUUUGAGUCAGUGGCAUCAUGGUUUGUAGCCUCAGGGAGUCCGGCGGGGAACUGGUCCAUGCUGGUGCUUAGUGGUCACCUUUUGACAACCACCUCUGGGCAUCUCAAGGGCUUGCAGCCCCAUUGCUCCUUCUAACAUUUUGUUUGUUUGUUUUUGAGAUGAAGUCUCACUCUGUCACCCAGACUGAAAUGCAGUGGCAAGAUUUCGGCUCGCUACAACCCCCGUCUCCUGGGUUCAAGCGAGUCUCCUGCCUCAGCCUUCUGAGUAGCUGGGAUUACAGGCAAGCGCCACCAUGCCUGGCUAAUUUUUGUAUUUUUAGUAGAGAUGGGGUUUCAUCAUGUUGGUCAGGCUGGUCUCAAACUCCUGAUCUCAAGUGAUCUGCCCGCCUUGGCCUCUCAAAGUGCUGAGAUUACGGGCAUGAGCCACCGCACCCGGCCCUUCUAACAUUUUUUCAUCGUAGUCUCAAAAACCAAUACUUUACAAGUGGUUUUGGAAAGGCACCACUUUUGUGGCAUGUUCUGGUUGCGGGAGGGAGUCACAGUUCUUACUGCCCCCACCAGCUAUGCUUCUGCUCUGAGAAGGUGCUUAUUUAUACCAACAUGGACAUACUUACUCCCAAGGACUGAUGAGAUGCUGAAUUUUCUUUGAGGGCAUUCAUUAUUUGUCCCAGCUGCAGUGGCUGGGUGGAAGCUGCAUGUGCUAAGACCACCCAGCCAUCCCUGGGUUCUCAUCCUAGGGCCUUCUUUGCUUCCAGGUCAGGGGACCUGCUUCAAUGAGAAAGCAACUGAGUUGAGGCUAGGAGAGGUAGGGAGAGCUAAGUUCUGACUUUACCUGUGCAGAACUCUGCUCCUAUCUUACCUGGACUGGAACAGACUGUGAGUAUAGCGGAAGGUUCAACCUCUGGUGUCUGACCUAAAAGAGGCACAGUUCUUCCUACUGGAAAGAAAACGGUGUAGCUGAUCGCACAAGGGUGCCAAGGGAAGACCCAGGAUGGCCCAUCAAAGGAACCUGUGGGAGGACGCAAGAGGCUGAAGGGAUGCACCUGGCAUUUCUCUCACUGUGCUCUUACUGCAUCAGCAACCCUCACCUUUUGGGCCUACUCUGCCCCUCAUGUGUGAAUACCCUGCUUGGAUGCUGUACUUUUCUGGUUUGUCUCUAAGCCCCUUUCCCCAGGGCAUGUUGGUUUCCCUGGUCUCUCAGUGUCCUAACUGGAGCCCAGAGUGCCUUGGUCUGAACCAGGAGAUAGCUAAGCACUGGCCUUCCACACCUAAGCGUCCUUUACAUUAACUUAUUGGUCCUGUAUAACACCUGGUGCCAUUGCCAAGUGGCUGUGUCCUCAGCUACAGAGCUGGAAUUGUGUGGGGUUUAGUACUAAAUACUUCAAUAAAGUCUGUUUUUUGUGAUUGGCUGA